UUCAUUCAGUACCUACUAGAAAGAUAAAAGAUACGGAUUUCUUGAUUUACGGGCAAUCUUUGCUGCGCUUAGUUCAAAUACGCCAGUAACCAGCUCAAGAGCGGUUUAUAGCUGUAUGGAAACAGGGCUUUUGAAGAAACGUUACCUAUAGCUGCUUAAUUUCUUCAUUUGGAUUGAAUCACAGACUCUAUAAUGGAUCAGAUGUGGCUUUUAUACAUCGCAGCGAGUCUCUGCGCUUUGCUCGCCUCUGCUGAGAGACACACUGUUUUCUGGAAUAGUACCAACUCUAAGUUCCGAUGGAACAACUAUGCAGUUGAGGUACACCUGAACGACUACCUGGACAUCGUUUGCCCUCACUACCCACUGGGCGAAGUGCCGUCACAGGACGCAGAGCGCUACGUUCUCUACAUGGUGGAACGCGAAGACUAUGACACCUGCCGUCCACAAUCCUACGAUCAGAUGCGUUGGGAAUGCGGCCACCCUUUCGCCCCACACGCACCCGAGAAGUUCUCAGAGAAGUUCCAGCGCUUCACGCCAUUCACUCUGGGAAAAGAGUUCCGGCAGGGCGAGAGCUACUACUACAUCUCCAAACGACUGCACCACCAUGGACAGGAGUGUCUGAGACUCCGGGUGGAUGUAGUUGCCAAUGAUGGUUCUCAAGAAGCCAGGGUUGGCACAGGAGGCGGAGCCAAGGUGGGCACAGCAGGAGGAGCUCACACACCGUCUAAUCGGUUACCAGCAGAUGAUCCUGUUGUGGCUCUUCCUGAUGUACAGAAAAGCAAGCGGACAAACUCUGCCAUUUCAAUAGCAUCCUGGACUGUCCUCACAACCUUACUCCCCAUUUUAUUAUUACUGGUCUUACAGUGAGAUGGACAUUGGACUAAACUACACUUACAAAAGACUAUAAUGACAGCGGCCUGUGUUGACGGAAGCACACAGGGGUAGCUCUUUACAUCCCAGUGCUGGCCAUUGGGAGACACAAACCGAAAGUGGAGCUCUCUCACACCGCUGGUGCAGGUGGAGAAGCCUAACUGGAAUGAAGAGAUCUUUGAACAUUCUGGCACUUCUAAAGAAACAAAACGAGACGUCAGUAUUCUCCUGGAAAUAUUGUUCAUGCAGAGGGAAUUUUUCUCAUAUAAAUGCCAGACUUCACAAUACCUGGAUAAGAACAAACUGAAACAGUAAUGCAGAUUUUGAAAUAGCACAUACUUUAAGUGUGGACAGUCCACAUCCACAGAGUUGAGUUUCAUAAUGAGGGGACGCAAGCCAAGAUUGAGCCAAAGACCACAGAGCUUCUCACGAAGGAGCAGAGCGAUCAAACCUUUCAUUGUUUUCUCAUGUUUUGUUGAUCCAGAGAAAUUCAUGUAGCAUUAACUCAGUGGGUUUUAUUCUCACCAUUUUCUCAUGGUUUUAUAAGACUAUGUGCUGUACCUUUAUUUAAACCUGGAAAUGCAGCACAAGAACACACACAACCCCCUUUUCCCACUGAAAUGGUGCUGGUACCUGUGACGGGACGUCUGUGGAAAGGAUGUCAGAUUGGGUGCCCUCACCCUAUCAGCGGAAAACGGGGGCAUCAAUACUGUUUACCAAACCCACUGACACACGUCCAUUUACACAUGCUGUGUUGUUUUUGUACGUUUGUCGUUUAAAGAGUUAGUAAAUUAUGAGGUUUGCUGCAGAACAAAUGACUGCAUAUACUGAGCACAAAUGUUUACUCCGUGAUAGAGAAAGAGGAAAUGAGACGCAAGAGAGGAGACACUUGUUGGAUUCAUGUGUAUGUAGAUGUGUAGAUGGAAGACAGAAAGAAAAGCAGGAAAUGUUGAUGUGUCCAGAAACACACGAUCCCUCUCAUGUGUGUGUGUGUGUGUAUGUUAGAAGAGGAGAUGUGUUGAUCUGUCCCAGAACAGUGGCAUUUAGACGGCAUACAAUCACUUACACAACACAAAUGGACAACUGGAAGCCAAAGGAAAAAAACAGCCCAACUGAUUUGUGUUGGUAGUUGGACUAUAUAUUGGUUAUAGAGUAUUUGGGGUUGCCCAUGUCAAAUAUAAAUAUAAAAUAAAAUUUCUAUUAAUGAUAGAAAAUGAUAUUUAAAAUCAUUAAGUUGCAUUAUAUACACACACUAAAUAAAUACUGUUUAAAUAAUUAAAAAUGAUUUAUUUAUAACAUAUUUUUACUUAGUAUUUAAUUAAUAUUCACCAAAAAAAAGUCACAGUUAUUGACUGAUGAAUCUCAAAAUGGCCAAAUAUCUGCUGAUUAAUUGACCUGCCUGAUACAUCAAUCUGUUACUACAAUAUAAGCCUGCUAUGUUUGAUUUAAUCUACAUACACAGGCCACACAUUUAUGACACGAAUCAGCUAAAGCACUAUGAACAAAACACCACUGACUCUGACAUGAUGUAGCUGUUUAAGCUCUAUUCCGGGCAGCUGUUCGUACGACUGACGCAGCUGUAUACGACUAACGUUAGAUCACUCUGAUUCAUUUUGUUUUCCUUUUUUCGUUCUCGUAUUCUUAUUUUGUAUAUGUAUUGUGUAAAAUGUAUAUUAUGUAUAUAAAGAGGAAUUAUAUGAAAAAGAAAGACAUUUGAAAAGAAAAAAAACAGUUAAUGUGAAGAUUCUUACGUGAAAAUAAAUGAUAUUUUUGGAAAAUGCGA